AUGCGGUCGUCUUCAGAGGUUUCGAUGAAGUCUCAAAUAUCCGAGGCGUCUUCGAAAUCAGUGGAAGCAAAGAAGGAAUCAUUUUCGAGGGCAUCUAGUCACUCCUCUGCUACUCCCCCGCCACUUCCACCACGAACGCGAAGGAGUAGUUCGGUUCAGUCCAGCGGUUCGACGAGCGCCACCCCCGCGCCCCCCGCACCCCCCGCACCCUCCCCUGCCGCGCCCGCGCACACCGCGCCCCUGCGACUCACAGCCACGGUGACAGAGGAAGCUGCGCCGCGCCGAGCGAAGCGACGUACCAGCAAACCGUCGCCCCCCACACGACGCAAGGAUAAAGUGCAAGCUGAAAAGCCAACUUAA